AUGGGUAAAGCUGGCCGUGUCGCGUGUAUCAUCACGCCUUAUCUCUUAACGAUCGCCACCUUGAUCUGUAUCAUUCUGGUUGGACUGGGAUGUACCAAGGCUAGCUCUAGCACCUUGAACAACCUCUACUUCAUGCGGAUCGAUCUAUCAAACCUCACCAAUGGCUCAAAAACAACCACAGAAAUCGAGAACAUUCUUAAUGAAUUCGACAUUACCAGUGUCAACUCGACCGAAGUCAAGGAAUUGGUCGACGAACUCGCCAGCAACGAGGCCGACAGCCUGAUCAUGGAGUACUACGACAUCGGUCUCAUGGGUUACUGCGAUGGUAAAAUCAGCAACAGCAAAUACAACACCACCUUCUGCUCCUCCCCCAAGGCCGAAUUCUACUUCGACCCCCUCUCCGUCUGGGGCCUGGACAGCACCUCCGUCAAGGACGAGCUGCCAGACGACUACAACAAGGUCAUGAAGAUCUACAAGGCCGUCUCCAAGUGGAUGUUCAUCGCCUACGUUAUCGCCUUCGCCGCCACCAUCAUCGAGAUCCUCGUCGGCAUUUUCGCUAUCUGCAGUCGCUGGGGUAGCUGUGUCACCACCCUCUUCGCCGUCAUCGCCUUCCUCUUCACCGCCGCCGCCUCCGUUACUUCGACCGUCAUGUUCUCCGUCUUCAAGGGCAGUCUGGGCACCACCCUCGAAGCCUACGGUAUCAAGUUGUCCCUGGGCACCCACAUGCUCGCCACCACCUGGCUCGCAGUCGCUUUCUCGCUUGGCGCGACCAUCUUCUGGCUCUUCAGCGUUUGCUGCUGCUCCGGCCGCUCGCCCUACAACCACAAGAACCGCGGAAUGCGCGGCAAUGGCUUGACCGCUGAGAAGGCUCCUUACACCUACGAGCCCAUUGGUGCCGGUGCCGUUGGUGCUCAGCCUUUCGGUCACCACCAGCAGACUUCUUACCCGCCUCCUCCUCCCAACGCCUACCCCAUGACCAACCAGCAGCAGACCCAUGCUAGCCCUUACGAGCCUUUCCGUCACUCCUAA